CCCAGUGAAGCACAGGGGCCCGCAGGGACUCUGGGACCAGUCUGAGCACCCAGGGAUAAAGCAGCCAAGAAUAGCAACAGGAUCAGAACAACUGAAUGCUGUGGAGUCUUCAACAUACAGCAGAAACAGGGCACAGGUAGCCCCCUUGUUUGAACUCAGGAUGUCUCUGAUGAUGGCACUUGUCUUGGCCGUGGUCUUCAUGGGCCCCUCCCCUAACAUGGCAGCCCCUACAGGUGUGACAGAUGAUGAAGCUUUUGACCUUGAAAACUACAGCCUGAACAGUGAGAUGGACUGGGAGAACCUAGACGUCAACAUCUACGGAGACAGUUAUGAUUAUGAUGACUUGGACCAAGAGAUUGAGGUGGGCACCGUAGCUCCAGACCCCCCCUCUGCAGCAAGCUUGCCCACAGUUGAGUACCAUGAGGAGGAGCUGACCCUGCCCCCAGCUCCCGUCACUCUGGACUUCAAGGGACCGGGUCUCUUUGGCCCUGAUACUGGCCUUGGUAUGCCCACCUGCUUGCUGUGUGUGUGUAUUGGUGGGAGUGUGUACUGUGAUGACACAGGCCUGGAUCAGAUCCCACUCCUUCCUAAAGACACCACCCAUUUUUAUGGCCGCUUCAACAACAUUCGACAUGUCAAGAACACAGACUUUAACUACCUCAAUCAACUCCAGUCCAUUGAUCUGACAGGGAACCAGAUUUCAGGGAUGGAUGAGGAUGUGUUUCUGUCUCUGCCGCAGCUUCACCAGUUGCUGCUGGCUGAUAACAACCUGCAGAGCAUGCCUGAGCUGCCAAUCACCAUGAAAUACAUCGAUCUACGCAACAACAGGCUGAUCAGUAAUGGGGUACAUUCUGAGGGAUUCAAGGACAUGAGCCAGCUGGAGUUCCUCUAUCUGUCUGACAAUAAACUGGAUUACAUUCCUGUACCACUACCACUGGGUCUGAGAGUUUUACACCUGCAGAAUAACAACAUCCAGACUCUGUACGAGGACUCCUUCUGUAACAGCCAUGAUCGCCACUUCAUCCGCCGUAACCUGGAGGAUAUCCGCCUGGACGGCAACCCCCUAAACAUCCAGCUAUUUCCCCAGGCCUACGUCUGCCUGCCCCGCCUGCCUGUAGGGAGCCACUGAGAGCUGCCAGAAACCAAAGAAAGAGCCUGGAGAGGCCAGGAGGCUCUGAGGAGGGAUGGAGGUUAUAGAUACUGUCAUGGGGUUGGAAAAUGUCCGGUUACUCAGAAAUACCUUUAUUUGUUAUGUCAGUGGUAAGUGAAUGUUCUAGGAUAUAUUUUAUUCUGUGUACCAACUUUUCAACACACACAAAACGCCUGUAUUUUCAAAGAUAGACGCAAGUGUUAGUGUUCCAGCAAUACAAGACCCAUGUUAAUGGGAAUCUGUCACGCUGUUGAAAUACUGUGAUAGUGAGA